AUGUCUAGCGCUUCCGCGACAUCGUCUAAACGUGAGACACAAGCAACAGAAAUGGCGUUAGAAAUCGAAUCAAUCCGAGGAGUGACCAGAAGUCUUAAAUUAUACUUAAACCUUUUGAGAGAAUUUAAAAAAUGUUUAUUUCAAAUGAAUGAUAAUUUUAAACAUUUGGGCGAAGUAAAUAAACAGUGGUUGGAGACUUUGAAUAGUUCUAAGUGA